AUGAUAAUCAAAACGUUGGCAGAGGCAAAGCAGCUUCUUCGCCCCAAGUCGCUAUGCAUAGACUUCAUUCUGCAUCCCCCCCCGAAGAAGCAUUACAGUACCAACGUGGCUUCCCCCCUGUGGCGCUGUUUAAGAGGCCCCCAUAGCAGAGACAAAAGGAGGAGCACCCACACACGUAGUGCUCUGCAUUUGAAAAAUGAAUCUGCACCCAACCUGUUCGAAGAAGAAUUGAGCAAUAUAUUUAAAGAGUACCCCCUAUCGACUCAAAAAAACAGACAGAUUGACGAUGAGGAAAUAAUUAUAACAGAUGAGGAGAGAGACGAACUGAAGCGAAUCGGUAACGUUGUGAAGCUGGAUGAGUCCACCUACGGAGUGGUGCUCCAAAUUAAUAAGCACAGCGUGGUGCUGGGUAGGGUGAGGAAUGGCAAGUUGAAGGACAGCCAAGCGGAGGCAGAAGAAAAUCCCACGCAACUUCUCUCUAAAAAUGACGAAACAAAUGUGUAUACCCCUUUCGAGUACCUCCAUCACCUCCUAUCAAAGGAGCCAACCGAUCAGCUAAACAUAUUUAGGGGUAGGGUUAAGGAGAGCUACCAUCGGAGGGUAGCCAUCAAGCAGCUGCACACCAAUUUACUGCUCAUAGACCUAUUCAACAGGAUAAACUACGGGCAGAAGGUGUGCAUUUCUGGAGAGAGGGACGCAGGAAGGAGGGAAGUGAUCCUCUCUAUCCUGCAUGAAAAUUUGCUGGCCAACUUGGUUCACAAAAAUGAGCACUUUUUUAUCAUUUGCUCGAAUGGCCCCAAGUCGGAGACGCUGGGGCUGUUCCGCGACCUGCACGGGUGGUUAGCAGGGGGGUGCCACUCGUUAAGCGGUUUGUCAAGCGGUUUGUCGGGCGGCUUGUCUGGUGACCUUCCGGGUGACCUUCCGGGGGGGUUGCCGCGCGACCUGCCGCACAACCUGCCACCCGCCCGAGAGCUGUACUCCAAGAACUACUCCCUCGACGGAGUGAAGCUGCCUAACGACGUGCUGCUGAUACGCACCCUCCCCCAAGGGGCGUCCAAGGUGGCCACCUACAUCUCGCCACUCCUCCCCCUCUAUAAUUUGGAGGAGUACAAAAGGAGGUACAAAAAUAUUGUGCUUAUACUUUACGACGUGGAGACGUAUGGUGAAGUUUGUUCCGAACUGCAAAAGGAGAUGGGGAUAUUCGUGCGGAAUUACGAGCAGCAAAUAGGGGAGGCGUUCCGGGGAAGAUCCCCUGCGAGUGUGCCCAUAAUCCAGGCAGCUCUACCACUGUCUGUGCACACCAUCCUUUCGAAAUACAUGGCGGUGUCGAAAUAUCCCCACUAUGUGGGAGAAGUGCCGGGGGAGGACCCCCCCGGGGCAGAGCCCAUACAAAGGGAAUGCACAAAUAAUGUGAGUGGGGAGACACCCCCCAGGAAGAGUCACAGGGGUGGGGCCAAAUCUGCCCCAAAUUGCAAAUACGGCGAUGCGCUGCUACAGAUGGGGGACAAAAGAGGAAGAAAUGAAAGCAGCACAACGGGCAGCGUCACCACCAUCUGCUUCUUCACCAAAGGGGAGCAAAGCAACCCAGUCACCGACUACGCACUGUCGUUAAGCGAAAACAACAUGCACUUGUUGAGGGGCAAUUUUGACGUCCACCCAGAUUUCAAGCUAAACCAAGCCAUCCAAGGGGUCAACGUGGAGCAAAAUAAAAUUUGGGAAAUCAUUAAAGAAGAAAUAAAAAAAAUAUACGAACGAAAAAAUGAACUUACAACAUUAAAUGAAAAUAAAAAAAAAUACAAAGUCUUUAUUGACCAUUGGGAACAGGAAGAUCUCAUUCAUUAUAAUAACAUUCAUUGCAUUUUGACGUGUGCAAAUUGUUAUGUGUCCUCUCUUUGCUCCUUUCAAAUGGUCGUUUUUUUUAAAAUUUUGUUACAAUAUAAUUUUACGAACGCGGCAAUAUCAACGAAGAGUGUGCAUUCCUUUUUUCUGCAGUUUUUGCAUUUUUAUUUGUCCAAUAAGAAGUACUUUUCCCUCCUGCGCGAUGCGUAUUAUGAGCAGCUGCACUCGUUCAGUCGCCUGGAGAAUGCCCGCGUUUUUCUCCGCAAGAUGGACGUCGUUUUACGCUGCCUGCGCCCUCCCUUCCGCUACGUUGCGUAG